AUGCACAAAGAAGGGAGAGCAAGGAAUCUUGUAACAGAAAUGAAAACAUUACCCGUCGGAUUCAGUGACACGCCAUCCUUUCAUUUGGCCGACCACUCGGAGAGCUUCCUUCCAUUCCCUGACUGUCUCUGCAUCAUAUUCCCGACUGUGCUGUCGAAAUGCUCGCCUGUAAGAACCCUCUUGGUGCCGAACAUCCCUAGGCUCCAUGAAGUAGAAAAUGGGCAGCAAGAUGUGGCCUGGGUUUUGAUUCAAGGAUUUGACCAUGAGAGAGAGCUCUUCGAGGCACCAUUUGCUGGAAGCAUAGCCUUGGGAAAGGAUUGGGAUGUAGAUUUUGGAUUCGUGAAUAGCCUGGACGAGGGACGGAGCAAUCUCCUCGCCCUUUCGGAGCUGUUCGUCAUCGUAGAAGGCGCGAAUCUUGGAAUGGGCCAGGAAGUGGUAGAGAGAAUCGGCAAAAGUUGUUCGCACGUCGGGGCCUCUGAAGCUCAGGAAAACCUCGUAAUUUCCAGCUGGAAGAGGAGCCCGCGUAGAAGAAUCGGAGGUAGAGGAGGAUGAGGCGCGGUCGGAGUCGGAGUCGGUGGAGGGUUGGUGGGAGGUGGAGCUCUUCUUCUGACGCCGGGAAAUCACGGAAAAUGCAGCUAGGGAAAGUGCGGCCACUGCCAGAAACGAAGGCCAGUUCCGCUCCAUU